CGGCGGAGCCGCCGUCGGGAACUACGCGUCCCGCCCCGCCCGCUGCGGGGGCCGCCGUUGCACUCCCUCCUCUUGCGGCCGCGGCCCGGGUGCUUCCUGUUACCGCCGCGGGAGCGUGAGGCUGCCGGAGCGAAGCGGCUUCUGCAGAAUAACUUACCGAAUCUAGAAGAAGGAGGCAGCACGUUCACCAAAUAUGGAGGAGGAUACCAAGCCUCUCAUCGUUCCUGUGGGAGGUGAUGAAAGCAAUUAUGGAAUUAUGAAUAUACAAUUUAAUCCAGAAGACUUUAAGUGCAAAAGACCAUUUAAUGUGGAGCCUACAAACAUAGUCAGUGUGAAUGAUGACAUGCAAAGAGUCACUGACGAAGCUUCAGCAAUGAAUAAACGGAUUCAUUACUACAGGAGGCUAACAUCUCCUGCAGAUAGAGCAUUGAUUGCUCCAGAUCAUGUACUUCCAGCUCCUGAUGAAAUCUACGUGUACAGUCCAUUAGGAACUGCUUUUAAAGUUGACAGUUGCACAGAUGGUUCUGGUAAAAACUCCAGUAUAGUGACCAUAUUUAUGAUAUGGAAUACAAUGAUGGGUACAUCUAUAUUAAGUAUCCCAUGGGGAAUAAAACAGGCAGGCUUUACUUCUGGCAUCAUUCUCAUCUUACUGAUGGGCAUUUUGACUCUUUAUUGCUGCUACAGAGUUGUGAAAUCACUGAAAAUGAUACGUAAGAAAUACAAAGCUUCUUCAACUUUAAUAGAUGCCUCCAACUGGGAAUUCCCAGAUGUUUGCAAGUAUUAUUUUGGAUCCUUUGGUCACUGGUCGAGCCUCUUAUUUUCUAUGGUGUCACUUGUUGGAGCCAUGGUUGUUUAUUGGGUGCUUAUGUCCAACUUUCUGUUCAACACUGGAAAGUUUAUAUACAACUUUGUUCAUGACAUUAAUGUAACAGAUAUUGUUCCUGGCACAAAUGGAAGUAACAGAGUCAUUUGUCCAAGUCCUGCUAGUGAUCACCCACCACAAAACAGAAGCAUGAUGUUUUCUUCUGGCAACAGUACAGAGUUUGAGCUGUUCGAGGAGUGGUGGAACAAAUCACGAACAGUACCGUUUUACCUGGUUGCUGUUCUUCUACCCCUCCUAAACCUGAAGUCUCCAUCCUUCUUUGCAAAGUUUAAUGUCCUAGGUACGGUUUCAGUUGUCUACUUAGUUUUUCUGGUUACUGUAAAGGCUGCUCGUCUCGGAAUCCACUUAGAAUACAACUGGUUUACAGAGAAUGACCUAUUCGUACCAGAGUUUAGAAUUCUGUUCCCUCAGCUCACAGGGGUUCUGACACUUGCUUUCUUCAUCCACAAUUGUGUCAUCACACUUCUUCAAAAUAACAGGAAUCAAGAAAACAAUGUGAGAGACCUCUCAAUUGCAUACUUCCUGGUGGGAUUAACAUAUCUGUAUGUUGGAGUGAUAAUUUUUGCAUCUUUUCCUUCUCCACCACUGUCCAAAGAAUGCAUUGAACAGAAUUUUCUAGAUAAUUUUCCCAGUGAUGACAUCAUGUCAUUUGUUGCAAGAAUAUUCCUGCUGUUCCAGAUGAUGACUGUGUACCCACUGUUAGGCUAUCUGGCACGAGUUCAGCUGUUAAGACAAUUUUUUGGAAAUCCUUACCCAAGGAAUUUUCAAUGUCCAGGGUUAACAUUUCUCGUGCAAUAAGAAGACUGACUUGCAGAGGCUCAAGCUUCAGGUCUUCAGUGUCUGCAUUAGGUAUACAUAUGGAGAGAGUAUUCCCAGUCACUUGACUGGAGAAGAUCUCUAUAUAAGUAAUGAACCAGAAGGAUGAAGCAGAAGAAAAAGAGCAGAAGUGAAAGUCAAGUUCUGUACUGUUCUAGAAGAACUGAAAACAAAACAAAGUUUAAAAUUGUGUCAUUUUGUCACUGAUUCUGUACAUUUUUUUUUUUAGCUUUUUCUAUUUUUAUUUCUUCAUGGGUUUUGCACUGAUUGCACAUCCAUCCUUCUCUUUAUGCAGCAGGAUCCUGAAUUCAUAUUGAUAGUGCAUGUGAGGAUCCCUAUUGGCAACCUAGCCUUCUUUAACCCUGUGAUUCCCUGUGUAGCUAAGGGAAUGUUAGAAAUUUUCCUUCUGGAAAGAAUUGUCUAAUUUUUUUUUUCCAAAAAGUAAGACCACCUCCUUUGCUCCAAGUCUCCAUUGUAAAUCUUCCUGUUUUCAUUUUGGAACUCUGGUUUGCUCCAUAUGGAUGUCCUGCAGAUUUCACAUGAACUGGGGCUCAUGAUAUUAAAAGCCAGGCUUCUUCAAUAAGAAUUGUUGGCAGAUGUGGACACCUGCUCUUCCUAUGUAUGGAGUUAAAGGACAGCCAUUAAGUUUUUAGCUGGAGCACUUGGAAUUCUGGAUGGAUCAUUCUGAAAACUGGCUAUUGAUUGAAUAGCUUGAUCACAUAUAUUGUACAGGGCUGCCAGAUAUUUUUUAUUGCCUAGCAAUGACUGUAUUGCUCAGAUCAAUAUGAUUCUUUGCUUUAAGUCCUUUUCCUUUACCAUUUUUCUGUCACUGGUUAUGAUGAAGCACCAACAUACUAGCUAGCUGUUUUGUAGUUCUUAUUCUUGACAAUUGAUUCAAUUCAAGGCCGUUUCUACCAAAAGCAGCAUCCUGUUUGAUAUCCUUGCUUUUGUGGGUAGGCCAUGAAUUAUAGCUGGAUUAUAAGAGGAACCAUUUACUCAGCUUCAGACAAACUUUUCUUGUCUGAAGACUGAUCCCCAUGUCUUCUGUCCUACAUAUUCUAGAUGCUUUGCAGUACUAUUUUUCUACUGUCAAUGCUUUAUUGUGGUUAUCCGUAAAUGUGUCCCACUAACCUGUAGUCUUGCAUGAUGAAGCAGCUCACCCUGUCUGAACUUAAAAUCUUGAGCAAAUAACAUGUAACUUUUUCUCCCAGGUUUCACAUCAGAGAUCACCUGAACAAUGGCAGUAUGCUUGACUGAUGCAUAUAGAAAAUCAGUAGCAUCCUGUGUCCUCCAGCAGUCAGGAGGAGAGCAAAAGGCCCCUUGCUUCUAAGAACAUGGCUUCUCCUUGUGUACUAGUAUCGGUCACCCAAGUCUGCUUAUCUUAAAAACAAAUGUGUGUGUAGAUAUGUGGGCACAAUAGUCUCCUGAUAGACAUCAUCACAAAGCCUUCAGCCUUUCUGUGCUUCCUGCAAAAGGUUUAAAGUCAAGAGAAGGCAUCCUAAUUUCUUCUUUCAUUUUGCAAAGUCUAUGCUAGUUUAGAGAUUAUAACAGAGAAAGUGAUGUACUGGGAUAAAGCCCGGGAUCUGUUAAUUCUCUUCUAGUCUCCCUGGUGGUGUAAAAGAAUGACAAAAUGUCAUGUACUGGGAAACUGCUUUCUUCUCUAAAAUGAGAUAUGUUUGUGAUGGCGUCAUUUAAUGGGUAACUCGUGGCUAGAGGCAUGUAGUUUAUCUGCUCUUACUUAUGUGACUCUGGAUCCUCUUACAUGCACAGAAACAUAAUUUUUUUAUUGUUAUUGGCUCUUGGCUACAGUGGUAUUUGUGACAGAGAAUUCCCUUGAUUAAUUAUAUGCUGCAUAUAAAGUGCUUUGUACAGUCAUCUGAUCAGUUUUUAAAACUUUUUUACAUCUUUCCUGUUCUGGGAGGUUAAAUAAGCUGAUGGACAGAAAUCACUUGGCUUUGCUUAGAAGUUGUCCUCCCAUUUACUCCAUGGUAGCCAGUUCUUCCACAGAUGUGUCUUCUGGUGCAAUGAAAUACAUUUCUGCUGUUUACCUGUGUGUUUAGUUAUUUAUUCUUCACCUAGCUUUUAUCUUGCUUCUUAACUGCUGUGAUUCAUAUUUUUUUUGACCAAUGUCACUUGAGUGAGAUUUCCAGGAAGAAAAUGUGGUUUUAGAUACAGUAACACUUCAAAAAUUGUUACUUAAAUGAUCCAGUUUUGCUCUUUUUUGUCCUUUCCUGUUUCCUUUAGUUUGUGUGUUCACUCUGUGACUCCAUGCUGAGUCCAGCACUUCUAAUUUCCCUGCAUCUGACCCGAGGGGAUUUAAAAUCAGUUUAUUUAAAUGUCUCCUGCUCUAGUGUUUGGCUUCACAGUUUUCUAUAGGACUCUUACCUGAGGAUGCCAAAGUUAGUUACAUAUAUGUGGUUGCUGUUGUUCAAUGGCUUAUCUGUAACAACUACUUCUGCAGGAGAGAACUUGACGGAGCAGCUCCUUCGAUGAUGUUCUAGCAUACCAUGUUGUUUGUCACCUCUGUCAUUCUGAAAGAUUAACCUUGCAACAGGAAAGAAAUACAAGACUUAGGGGAAGGUUUGAUUUUUAUAUUAGGGUUUCUUAUUUUUUCCUCCUCUCUGCUAUCAUUUUUGUGGGAUUGCAGGGUUUUUGCAGGUGAGCAGCAAUUCCCUGUAUAGAAAAGCACUGGAGUCUUCAUCUGUUCAACCAAGAAUAUUGAGACUGAGGAAUAUAAAAGAUAGCACAGCAUGUUCUGUGCUUGGAUGGCUGUGGGUGUACCUCUUUUGUGAAUUCCAGCUUUCCUGAGGCACUCUGACCUGUGCCACAGAGCAGCUGUGCAGGCCAACAGUCCAUCCCUGGCAUGGGCCACCUGUCUCAGCUACUACUGACCAUAAGGAUGAAUGUUUUAUGUGCCAGCAGGAUGGUUAGGUAAAAAGGGGACAAGUCUUUUCUGAUCUCUAAUGUAAUCUAAAUACUUCUCUUCAUACAGUUGUAAUAAGCAGAGGUGGUAUAGUUAUGCCCUACCAAAAUGCUGUUCUUCUGGCUGCACUUUUGCAAUGUGUGCAAUGUAUGGCGAUCACUAAUUGUACUGUCAGCCAAUAUCAGACUAAAACUGAGCAGUUUACAGCUCGUUAAAAUG